CGUCACGUGCCGUCCAGCCAGCGCUCACAAUAGACGGAGCAUUGUUUUCAUAAGCGAUCGCGGGCUCAUUGUCUCGUCACUCUCCAGCAGCAGCGGCGGAUAACGUCCUCCCGCCGCUAUCACGAUGUCGUUAUUAUGAGACCCAUUGCGCCGGUAGACUGACAACCUCUUUACACCUGACGGAAGACCAUCGACGGCUUUAUCUCCUUCAUCAAUCUCGGAAUUGAAAAAAAAAUAGACGUGAACAAGAAGUUUCAGUAGACCAAUCGGAGAUAAAACGGAACAACCAAAGAAUUUUAUUCGAGGACGUGCAGCAAAGGAGGUCAAGGCUAAUUGACCGAGAUACAGUGAUCUCGUUUGACCUGAAAAAGGAGAAGACCGGAGUACCCUGUAUCUUGGAAUUUCCUCGCGUUGACGUAAUUCCGCGAGGACAGGUGACGAGACGUCUGUGUGGCUGUGCGUGGAGGAAGAGGCAGAGGGUCGAGUCGAUAAGGGAUAGAGAGGGGUGCGUGGUGAAACGCGACGAGAGGGUGAAGUGAAGGUGUUCUUGUGGGGUGCCAGAGUGAGCACGAUAGCACCUCUGGUGCCCUCGGCCGUGGGUCCCGAGGGGACGGACGCCAUGGCGGCCUCUUCGUCCUCGUCGAGCGGCGAGCAGCAAUACUCACUCAGGUGGAACGACUUCCACUCGAGCAUCCUCAGCUCAUUUCGUCAUCUGAGGGACGAAGAAGAUUUCGUGGAUGUGACCCUGGCAUGCGACAGUAGCAGCUUCACCGCACACAAGGUCGUUCUCUCUGCGUGUAGCCCUUACUUCCGUAGGCUCCUCAAGGCCAACCCAUGUCAACACCCGAUAGUGAUCCUGAGGGACGUUGCUUCGUCGGACAUGGAAUCGCUGCUGCGCUUCAUGUACCACGGCGAGGUUCACGUGGGCCAGGAGCAGCUGGCCGCGUUUCUGAAGACUGCACAAAUGCUUCAGGUUCGAGGAUUAGCCGAUGUGAAUAGCGGUGCAGCUACCGCGAAAAUCCCACCCCCCUCCUCGUCCGGUGGCAACAACGGUAGUGCACCGACGACACCGCGUAACCCUUGGCAAGACAAUGGCAGGGGUGACUUGAACGAGAGUGGUUUGAGUCCGCCACCAGAGAAGAGACCUAGAAGCUACAGUCCACCACUGGGUAACCACGUAGAACAAAAGUCGGACCUCCAAGAGUCGCUUUUGGGACAGGCACUGGAAGGGGGACCCACGAUACACACGACGCCCACCAACAAUGUACAGGCACAAUCCACUGGCGAGGAUUCAAACUCCAUGUCGGACAACGAGGAAGAGAUGUCGAACAAUGACAGUAUUCUAAAUUCCGUGAAGACCGAGCCGAGCGACAUUCUCAGUGAUUCUAUAGAGCAUCAUCGUAACUCGUUUCCUACUGCGCUUUUGGGAAUACCAGGGCUGAUACCAGGACCAUCCGGGAUCCAUGCGGCGAAUCAGGAUCCGAAUUACGUCGGCCGUCGCGGUCUGGACAUGAUGCGGGUCCGCGCUACGGAUCCACGCCCCUGCCCGAAAUGCGGCAAGAUCUAUCGAUCUGCGCACACGUUACGCACCCACCUGGAAGACAAACACACGAUCUGUCCGGGAUAUCGUUGCGUCCUAUGCGGAACCGUGGCCAAGUCGAGGAACUCGUUGCACUCGCACAUGUCCCGACAGCAUCGCGGCAUCAGCACCAAGGAUCUGCCGGUGCUACCGAUGCCAAGCCCAUUUGACCCGGAUCUAGCUUCGCGUCUGUUGGCGAAGGCGGGUGUCAAGGUGAGUCCCGCGGAAUUGCGAGCUCGUGCCAGUCCUACGGGGCCCAGGCGGGGUGACAUGAGACUAGAAAUACCACGGGGUGGCGCGCCUUCUGAGGCGGGAAGCAGCGUGUGCGGCGGAGACGAUCCGGAGGAUCUCACUCUGCCAUUGAGUCUCAGGUAUGGAUCACCGACGCCGAAUAACAACACCGUGAUCACCAAAGUCAGUGGUAGCAACAGCAGUAGCAGUACCAAGAACUCGACGGCGACCGCGAUAGCGGCUAAAUCUCUGGACACCAUGCACGGUAGCCGUGAACCGAACACGGCACCUCUUCAUCCGCCUGGACACUUACAUCCUAGCCACCAUAACGCAAGCGCGACUGGAUCGGCGAUCCUGGACACUUACCUGCAAUUUAUCGCCGAGAACUCUGGAUUAGCAACGAUGGGAUUGAGUCCCGAGCAAGCCGCCGCCGUGGCGGCUGCUCACGCAGCUAAGAUGGCUCACAUGAGCGCGAUGGAUAAGUUGGGCAGUCGUGGCAUUGAGGAUUAUCCUAUGAUCGGACGAGACGAAGGUCGAGGACCGGGCGUGGUGCAUGAGGAUCGUCAAGACUUGAUGCAGGACAGGCACGGCGGACUGAUGGAGGAGGCUGAGUCGUCCGGUGGCGAGGAAGACGACUUCAGCGAGAACGAGGAGCCGGAGAUCGUUAAAGCGGAAUAAACGAGUUGGCAUCGCUAGCAAGAAUCUGUGACCAGAUUUGGUAACACGUGAACCGAUUAGGAAGUGCUUCGAAGAGUCGCGUUUGGGUUCAAUCAGGUCGAGUCCAGGCAUCGGAUCUUCGUUCAGCAGUCAAAUAAUCCAUCCACUACCUCAAGUAGAGACUUACUCCUGUUUUCUUUCUGUUGAGAGAUAGAAUUUUUGUUCCCAAAGAUCGAAGAAGAAGAAAGUUGAUAAAACGAAGAACUCACGUAUGGACACAGAGGCAGAGACCCGAUUUCGAUCGGUGAGCGAAUUCCUCCUACGCUCGUGACACAAGUGAACCAAGUUUUUCGUUACUACGUCAUCAGAACACACAUGAACACACACGAACACACAGAUGUACACAUAUAUGCGCGUAUACAUACACAUUUUUAUCCCGUUCAAAAUAUUCCAUCUGUCUACCUCAGUGAACACGAUAAACGAUAAGUGAUAGGGCAGACCAAGACGAAUCUCAUUCACGAAAAUCUUAAAAGGGAAAGGCGGAGCGAGAUAUGAUCGGAACGUGAAGUAACCUACGGUUAUUUACUACGAUUUUAGUCGCGUUACAAGACAUUAUUGCGAUCAUGUGUCGUGCAUGGCUGGAGCUAAUUCGUUUUUAGAAAAAUCGAGGCAAACGCGAGAGUAUGUGAGCAACCCAUGCCGACGCCGGGGCAACUGUUUUAUUCUUUUUAUUUUCGAAAAGUUUAAAUGAGGGAAAAGAUGAGAACGGUGACCGUCGCGAGGCACGCGACUCCCGGGAAGAUAUUAUUAUAUUAUUAUUAAUAAUUAUUAUUAUUAUAUAUGAAUGUUGAGGAAAAAUAUAUAUUGUCUAGAUUUAUAGAGAAGUUAGUAUACCGCGUCACGUGCAUGCGUAUGUACACGGAUACGCGUAUGGCAGACGGAAAAAGAAUGAGGAGGACGUAUUAAAAGUAGAGUGGAUACGUGUAGCGUUUAGAGCUAGCAUCCCCUGUAUUUUUUAGAUGCGUGCACUUCGGAAAUAUACACUUACACGGCAUUACGUACAUAAAAUACACGCUCGCACUGUACCAUUUUAUACGUACGCGGAUCCGUAACGCGUUAUGGGUAUGAUUGAAACGCGCGCGUGUUCCUGUCUCGCCAAUGUAAGAAUCGCGCUGCUAGAAGCGCGGUCAUUAUCAUAAUUGUUAGUUGUCUACUCGUUUUAUCGUGGAGAAAGAGUGGAAUAUAAGUUUGGAUAAAAUUCGUUAUGCUGAUUAACGAACGGGAAAUCGUUUAUAGCAUGAAACGAUAAUAUGUAUGAAACAAGAUUGGCUUAACAAGUCUGAAGUAGAAUUAGACGACGCAGUACGCAAACUGCUCGAUUUAGAGAAUCGUAAAUAUCGAAAAUCUUCGUCGUUCCCUUCUUUUCUCAAUUCACGUAUGCCCCGUUGUAGAUUUUAUUUUUUAUCAAAUUAUGAAUCCAUCCCAGGGCUUGCCAUGACUUACUUAGUACUUAAGUUCUUUAACGAUUUCAAAGUUUGUUUGUCUACCCCUCCUUGGGAACGACACGAUAUUUUACCUGUAGACGAUACCUUUGUACACAAUUAGUUGCUCGUGUAUUUUUUCGUGUUCUUUGAAAGUUAACAAAAAGGAAAGUAAAGAAGUGUAAGGGGAAUGAUUAUAGAGUCACAGUUUGGAACGAGAAUCACGAGAUUUUCUUCCUUGUCUUCUUCUUUCCCAUCGCAGUACUUCCAUAUUCUUUUAGUUCCGACUUCCCAUCAACUCUCUCAGUCGGUUUUAUUUAUGUAUCAGUUAACUUUUCUCCUUAUUUCACUUGCUCGACGACAUUAAAUGUUGUUGCAACAUGAACGUUCUAAACGUGAUUCUUGUUCUUCAAGUGAUACGAUUACGAUAGAGAGAAGGGAGGCCCGGACUCCUAGCCCGCGAUCAGACUCGGAAAAGUAUAAUAUUGAAAUGGUUCCUACUAAUUGAAUGCAUACACGAGCUACUUUGAUUUUAUUGUAUACCUUGAGGAGACAUAUUACGUAUAAAAAAUAUAUAUAUCUAUAUACACUUAUUAGGUACGCCUAGGACUAGGAGAAAAGAGAAACUUACAAUUAGCAAUACGUAGUGGCGCAGCACGGUGUGUAAGAAACACUUCUACCGUCUCACGUUCUUUAUUAUAACGGUUAUUAUUUUGUCACCUUUAAUAUCUCUUUUGUUCUUGCGUGAAAGUAAAGAGUGACAGUGAGUAAAUGAGAGAGUACCGAUUAUGGUAGAUGACGAAACUCUUCGGAUUUUAGCGCCUGUUUUCUUUUUGUCUAGGUUUAGUAGAUUAUACACAAUACUCGGCAUAUGCUAACUAACCCAUUCUUAGCCUGUAAGAGCAUUUUAUCGAUGAGACACAGGGACUUUCUCGGUGACUUUGAUCAGCCACUGAUGAAAACGUAAAUUUCUGUGUAUCUCAAGCGCGACUAUACGUCCAAGAAAGGAAAAAAGAAAAAAGAAAAAAAAGAGGAAAGAACAGAAUUACGUAGUGUCGAGAAAUCAAAAUUGACGAUUGACUGGUGGAUCGAACGUGCGUGACGAGCGAAUUUUUUGGUGUGCAACGUCGACUCGCCUCUUCCACGUACGAAUUCCCUAUUUGUUAGUAAGCUCAGACUAUCUAACAAAAAGUAUACUCUUCAUACAAGACAAUAAUUACACGAGCACGUUGGCGAGUUUAAUCAGAAUAAUUUGGAUUGACGGGGUGGUCCAGAGGGGACGAGCUCGACGUUGUGGUUCACGAAUUUUUAAAACUUUAUAUUGUAUAUACGUAUUAUAUACGAUAUAGUUUGUAUACGAUUGAAACAUUUGUAUACGAAUCACGCGAUGUGGCCAUCCAAAAUCCAAACGAGGGAAUCAGAUCGGCUCUCGUUCGACGUCUUUCCUAUCAGUUAGUCCACGGAGCGUGUUGUUUUAACUUAACACUUGUUAUGGACAUAGAAAUUUUUAAUUGCUCGUUUCAGCCCGAUAGCUCCACGAAUCGUCGCGCCGCGAAAUUACUGGGAAGCUUAGUAGACAACGCGUUUUAGACCGAGAGAGACGUGUACGUCAGUACAAGAUACAAUACGGGAAUGAUCAAUCGAGACGCGAAAUCAGGUCUAAACGGUACAAAGAAACCACUUCUUGCCUUGAAUAAGCUCUCUAGAAAUAUUAUGGAUCCGGGCACGGGAGUGCCAAGAGAUAAGGGUAAGAAAAAAGAAACGGAAUGAGAAAGAGACAAAAGAAUUCUUCGCAGAGUACAAAUUUAUCCGCGGUAUUUACCGAGGAGGAGAAUCUUUAAAAAACAAGAGAGAAAGAAAAUUAAAAGUGAAAAAAAUAGACACCGAAUGGAAGUUGGAAGCUAAGAGGUUUUCUGGGUAUUCUUAAACACGUUUGUAGUAACCACCUAUUCGAAACGAGGACGAAAGUAGGGAAAUGGAAGGAACAUCGAGUUGAUCGUUUUCUUUGUGCCAUUGUGAAUACUUAAUCGAACAUGACGCGAUUCGAGACUUCUUUUUCUUCUAUCUUUUUACAUUCGUUCAUUGUUUCAUAUUCUUUUUUUCGUCGCCGAUAAAAGAAGAAAAGAGUAUACGAAGUGCUCCAGUGCUUCAGUUCAUCCCCCACGCGUACAUAGUUGAUGUGAAACACAGUGAUCUCGUCAAUAGACUUUCUUCUUCGUGUUUUCUUUAUUUUUUUUCGUCGAUUUGCGUUUUUCUUUUCCUUUUUUUAAACCACGCCGACAGUUUCACUAACCGUCGCGCGAUGUACGUAAUAUACGGAUGCGUAUACAAGCACACAUAUACAUAUACACGGUAUACAUGUACAGAAUCGUUGAGAACGCGAGACACUUAUAUGUAUACAUACAUGCGCAUGUUGUAAGCAAACCUAAUAGUGAAAAGUGUGUUGGCCGGGUGCGCUCGUACGCCAUUCAGAGUGACAGAUUCACGCCCCACCCUGCAGAUAAUAGUUUUCUACGACAGUAUUUAUAUAUAGCUAAAUAUAUGUAUACAGACAGAAUUAUUAUAUAUUGUAUGUAUAUACGAAAUGUACAUAUACAUAUUAAAUAUUUUUACACGAACGUUCCGCUUACGAGAGCACCCCGUCACUCAACCAGUCGGGUACACGUGUUAAAUAGUCUGUUUUUUUUUAACAUAGCUCGCAAUAGUCACUUGGGAUAUAGAAUACCACCAAUUACAGUAUUGCAAUAAUAGUUAGAAGCAUAAUCGUGUGCACCGUGUAAAAGCUCCCACGCCAUCAAAAGCAUCCAAACAAUCGAUCACACUUCUAUCGAUUACGCCGCGUGUGUGUGUACAAUUGAAAUAUAUAAUUCUUGAAGAUAUCAAAGGAUAUAAUUUCGAAAUCGAUAAACGAUGAAGACAUUAUUUUCUUGGAUUAGAUAUUCUCUCUGUACGAUAAUUGGACUAAGAGAAACGGUGAGAGAAGCUGGCUAACGCAUGAUGGAACGUACUAUUAACGAAGUCAACAACGUUAGAGGCGUUAUUCUCUCGGUACAUCGACAAUAAUAAACGACGAGCAUAUCCGCGCUCGUAAAAACCAAAUCGUAUGCUCGCCUUCGCGUAGUUUUACGGUGAUUGUAAAGGUGGAUUAACGACGCCGUAAACGCGGCUAAGCCUUUCAUGAAUUGUCUGCCAGAAGCUACGCUUAUCAUCUUUGGAGAGAACGAGUAUAAUCGCUCCUGCCAAUGAAACGAAAUUCUCUUCUUGUCCAAGUACAGGAAAGUAUAAGAAGCUGACAUUUCGCAGCUGAAAAAAUAAUUCAUAGUUGUAUUCGAAAAGACUGCCAGUGAUCGUUGCAUUUGAUAAUCAUGGAAAUUGCACAGUACUCGUUUGUUCAUUUUUGUUCAAAUAUCAUCAGAUGAUAGCAAUUGAAAUUGACAAGUUUAUUCGAUCAUGCGUUAUCCUCCAGCAUCAGGAUCCCGAAUUAUCUCGUCUUUUUAUUUUUGCGCGGUAGGGAGCGAUCUGCCAUCUCGGGAACCGGGCACGAUUAGAUAAUGCAUUGUUGUAAAUGUAAUAACAAACUCAGGAAAUCUGAAGCAGCCAGGCCGUGAUACUAUACUUAUAGAAACUAUUACUACUGCUACUAUAUUACUUACUUACUACUACUACUACAGAUGUAAUUCUUGCGUUGAAACAGACGCUCGGAUGAUUCCGCGAGCCAAGCGCCUAUUCUGUUUUGUUUCGUUUGUUUGUUUUUUCUUGUUUGUUACGAGAUUUUACAUUGGCAAGUGGCAACAUGGCGUGUGCACACAGAAUCUUGUAAGUCGGCGUGUACUCGAUGAAAUCUAAUUGUAGCUGUUUCAGAAACAUACCGGAGAUGACUAAUGCAAGUCAUUAGUGUAUCUAGCAUCGUCACAAGUAAUAGCCGACAGCUCAAUUCCGUCUCACGAGUCAUGCGUUGAUGCAGGGAUAUAAAACCGAGAGGGGAAGAGAAACGAUUGUGAAAAUCAUCAGCUACCUCCAACUUUAACGUUAAUUAAAUAUCAGUCUUCUUCUCGCGCUGUAUACUCACACUCAUUACUCAAAGCAUUACUUUUACGAUGUUCGGGAAGCGAGUCAGUUGUUUUCUGAAUGGGAACCGUACAUUUUCCGUGUAGGACGGAUAUGUAUUUAUUAUUAUAUAAUUAUGUAUACACAACGUUUACACAUAGUCAGAAGCGCGAGAUAAUAUAGCUUCCACGGAUUAUAUAGGUUUAAGGAUUUGCCUCCUUGCGCGGAACAGUCAAGCCGGCGUGAUAAAAUACAAUAAGAAAGAAUGUAGAGAAGGAAUAGUCGAAGAAGUCUUGCUUAGAGAGUCAAACGUCGCGUUUUAAAGUAAAAAUGAAAUACACCGCCCAAAUUAAUUAGAGAUAUUAUUUUUAUUGUACGUUCGUCUCGGUUGAAAAUGUCAGGUAUGCUAGACAUAGGAAUUUCGACAAUCGCAAAAAACAUGUUUCAAUGGCCGCAAGUAUUUAUUCCUACAAUUAUUUUGAGCGGUGUAGAAGUAAUAAUUAAAAUUGGCGAGUGACGAACCACAAUGGAGCUACCUCAGUUUUACGAUAGACUUAAUAUAACGCGGAUGGGGCAGACAUCGAUAUGCACUCGAGCUGCUACGUUUUCUCGCUGAAAGUGGACAACCUUAUUCACUGCCAAGCGCGCACGACCCGACUGUUCUGCGAGCGACAGUGCUGAAUUCCAAAAUCACAAUGCAAUACGUUGUACUUACAGUCGUUUUUACGCGUUGACUCGUCAAUACUUAUUAUACCGGUUAGUGAUUUUAUUGCUACAUCGAGAGAAAAAGAGGGAGAGAGUGAGAAUGAAUGAAGGAGCGAGCGAGCAAAUGAAUAAUACUUAUAGGAGAAACAGAAAAUAAAAUGAUCAAUUUCUCGCGUAAAUGUGUUUAAUGCGUGACACGGGAUAUAUAUCGUAACGUAGAAAUUUAAAAAAAGUAUGACAGGCGAAGAAAGUAUGCAUGCCACGAAAGAGAGAAUGCGAAUAAAGAAGUUACGUUCGGAUGGCCUCCUAUUAUACGCAUAUAAUAAUUAUAUUAUUAGAAAGUGAGAAAAAAAUAUAAAAUAUACCUAUCUACGUGAUAUUUUACAGAGAACAUAAUCAGGGACGCGUCGUAACCAUAGACAUAUAAUUAUUAUAUUAUAUAUUACAUAAUAGAGUCUUUCUAGUGAUAGAGAAACCCAUCAAUCUCCUAACUUAUUUUGUAAACUCAUCGGAUUGGGUUCGAGAAAGAGGAACGGUCGCGUAGCGAAACCAAUCAGCGUGCAAUUCUCGACGUACGGCGUGACCGAAAUAAUAUUUUUCAAGAUACUAAGAAGGAAUGCUUCGUCGACGUCGGUCCUACACCAUCGUCUCUAAAAAUUGUCACGAUCCUGCUGGAGGAAAUUUGAUAAGAGAAAAACGUUUCAGUUAUGAAACGAAUGUUUUUAAUUCCAUUAUUCGUUGAAAUAGGCCAUACGAGGCACUGUCGUAUAAUGUGCUCGAUUACUUUUACUUAAAUAAAUUUUGUGCAAACUUUUUAAGAAUAUACAUUUUGUCAUAGUUUCCUCCUUAAUGGAUAAAUCACAGUUUCUUUAAACGUUGCAUAAUUUUGGGUCAAGGGAGCCUGUGAAACGGGGGUCAUUUGUCCUGCGAAAUGUAUUACCGAUUUGCUUAUUAUAUCUCAUUUCCGUAUCGCUACGUAUGAAUCAACGUAUUUUGCAUAUUGUUCAAAGCAGGUAAACAAGAAUAUUACGAGGAAUAGAAGAAUGAGAGAAGACAGAAAGAAAACUUGUAAAUUAUCAGAAGAAAGAGUUUGAGCGCCGUGAAGAGAAAUAAUACGAGAAAAGGGGAGUAAAGAAUGAGUAGGGAAGAUUAAUUAUAAGAAACAGAAAUCAUUGAUCAUCGGCCCCGUCGAGACGCAACGUCAUCUCGUCUUUUACUUUGCGGUUAACUAUCAUUAAGGUGCUUCGAUAUUGUUAUGUUACGUUUUUUAUUACCGUCAUUUAAUACUAAUGUUAUUAUUAUUAUUAUAAUUUCACUAUUAUUAUUAUUAGCUUCUCUAGAUUGCGUUUAAGAAGAAUGUAUGUACAUCUGUCUCUUGGUAGAGAACUGAGAAAAUGAGAGAGAUUUGCAGAAAUGAAUCGAUGUUAUUUCGUGGGCAUUGAAAUGAAAAGCUAUAUAAAGAAUCCUUGACGCUUGAAUUUAUUUUAUUCUCUGGUUUAUUUUUCUUUCGAUCGUUACUUUAUUCCAACUCGAUUUUUUGCCCACGUUUCUCGCCAUCGAGACAGAAGCAGUUUUACUGUACGUGAACGAGCCAGUAUGUCAGAUACAUCCUAUUUUUCCAUCCAUCCUUUUUGGAAUCCGGAAUCCUAUCUUUCUCGUUUCGUUGCCUCUUUUCAUAUUUGUAAAUAUCACCUAGUCUAUUUAUCUAUUAUUAACCGGUUUUCCCAUUUACGAAUUUUUCUCUCUACGUUUAUGACCUCUUUUGUAAUCUCUUUUGUACUUCUGUUCUGUCUUCCCUCUUCUCCUCGCACGUAUUACGUUGUAACUUUAUGUUCUUUACGUUUUUUUUUUUUUUUGCCAUUCUUAGCAUGUAAGCCAUCCAACUUGCCAAUACGAUUACAAUAAAUAUGUUUAGAAAGGAGA